AUGCAAAGUGCUUUAGUUGGAUCUUGGUACAACUCUGGUUUCUAUGGUCACUACAGAGGCCAAUUCAAGUGUGAACUUGCUCAGGAUUACCGCCUAGCAGCCAAGCCCCAGCCUCCAGCUGUGUUCCUACAAAGAAUUAAGGAACCAGGACAACACUUAUUCUCCAAACAUGACAAUCGUGGUGUCUUUGAUCCGGGAAUAGGGAAACGGAAAGCUUGGGAGAAGCUCAAGAAGAAAUGCAAUGUUUUCGACUGGCCUCCUGAAGCCCAGGGGCCCCUCGUUUCCAGUUAUCAGAAAGACUACUACCAGAAGGAGUCAGGUGGUGGCAUGGAUGGACCAAUUCUUCAGCCACUAGUACACUAUCUUCAGGCUGGAGCCCCACAGUCCCUGGACUUUAACCAAAUACCUAGCACUACCUACCAGCACAACUUCUGCCAUAAACUUGUAAGCCAAAUGCCAGAUGAGAAGUUUAAAAAGGAAGUUUCUGAGACCAAGGAAAAACUGGGGAUUUCCCAGAUUUGUGAGUCCAAGGAAAAACUGGGAAUUUCCCCUUGCCCUACCCUGAGUGCUCUCUCCCAAGCUCUGCCAGAGCUCCCUGUUGCAGUGAAUCGUAAGAAAGCAGAGCCCUUCCUGCACUUCACUGUCUCUGACUGUUUACGUUGGCUCGACCCAUUAAAGAAAAUAGGUUAGUUCUCAUCCUUUGCCAAAGCACCUAGAAACUCCAGCUUGUUUUUCCUCCUGUUCCAGCAGGAUCCCUCAAAGGAACAAGGGAUUUUUAGCAUGGAGAAGAAAAGAUUUACAGAUUCGUCACAUAUUUUGAAGUCUGCUAUGUGGCAACAGGAUUAGACAGACUUUUGUUCUAUCUGCUCCAGAGGGCAAAACUAGAACUAACGGGUGGCAGAUUUCAUCUUGAUGGCAGGAAACCCUUGGAACAAUUAGAGCUAUCCCAGAGUAGACUGGGCUGCCUCAGGAGGUGUAGUGAGCUUCCCAUCACUAGGAAUCUUCAAGUAGAGGCUGAGGGCAUGUUGCAGAAGGGAGUCCUGUUCAGCUAUGGGUUGGCCCCAAUGUCCUCUGAGGUCCCUUCCAAAUCUAACAACCUCCAAUUCUUUGAGAAGUGUGCCAGCAAGGGGACCAGAGCCCAGCCAAACCUGCCCCAUUCUCAAGCUCCCAUGCCUACCCUGGUGUUGAGAGUCGUGCUGUGGGCAGGAGUUGUGAGAUACUCCUAUUAGGAAUGUCAAAUCCACACUCGACCUAUGGAAAUAGGAGUUGGAUCCCAAGGGAGAGAUUAAGCUAACUGCUGUUACAGUGCCUUUUCCAUGAACCAUUCUCAUGGCAGUGCUGCUGGUACAAGGGCAUGACUCAGGCAGGAAGUGGUACAACCAGAAACCUGCCCUAACGUAGGAGUUUGGAACAAAUAAAGGAGUGUGGAGUGGUACAGACAGCAAUAUCCAGUGGGGAGGGAGGGGGUAUUGCCAGAACACAGGACACCCAGUAGCACCAGCUUGGGUAUUUGGUAAUUCUCAUAACUGCCCCCAACUCCCAUGUGACACAGCUGGAGGAAAAGCAGAACUUUCAAACUACAUUCAGGAAUGACUGAGAUCAAGGGAAAAAUAGGAAAGAUAUUUCUUGGGGAGGACCAGGUCCCCUUUAUGGCUCAGACCUUCAACCUCUGCCCACUGGGAGAAGAUGGAGCAUGAAGGCCUGACCUAGGGAAUCAAACACUAGCCUGUUAACAUAAGUAGUUCAUGAGCAGUCAGGCCAAUGUAGGAAGAGCAUUGUGUUUCCUAGACAGGGGACUAUGCUCCAUCUGGCACCCAUAGUCUCCUUCUAAAAUUCCCUUCUCUGAAAGAGGGACCAAGGUCCAAAGAUGAGAGACCUCAAGAUUGUCCAAAAUCUGAAGGGCUGCUGUACCACUUUAAGCUUGCAUUGCAAAGAGCUUUUCCAUCCAUUUUCUCAUGGACCCUAUGUGGUAGAAAGGGAAGUUUUUAAUCCCCAUUUGACAGAUAAGGAAACUAAGCACCUAAAAAGUUGGUAGUGCCCAGGUCUCCUGCUUAUACUCCAGAAAGCCUUUACAAAUAAGGUGACAUUAUAAUGAAAGAAUAUAACAUCAUAAGACCCGUGUGCCAGAGAAUACCUUCCUUGGGACAGAACAGAGAUGGCUGCAGCAGUUUGACAAGCCAUCAUAUGAGCCUCUUGCCAACCCACUGUGUUACUAAGCAAGAGACCUGGUCACUAGUCCUCUAGCCUGGCUGAGGGGUCCCCAGCUGAGCACAAAGCAUUAGGAAGAUGUACCACGCUGUCCAUACAGGCCCAAAGGCUUGAAUCCUAAAGAAGCAGG